GUGAGCAGAGGAAAAAUUAAAUCUGUGUCUACUCAUUCACUCCUGCUAGCUUCCCUGCUCAUCUCAGCUCUCCAAAAGGAAAGCAACAAAAUGAAGACUGCCCUAAUUUUGCUCAGCCUUUUGGGCAUAGCCUGUGCUUUCUCGGUAAAAAAUUUACAUCGAAGGGCCAAAUUAGAUGAUUCUGAAGAAAAUGGGGUCUUGAAUCACAGGCAUCGAUAUUAUAUUUACAAAUAUUCCUACCUUUACCCACCUCUAAAACGAAUUCCAGUUCAGCACAAUGGUGAUUCAUCUGAGGAAGGCGAUGGUGAAAGCUCAGAAGAGGAGGAAGAGGAAGAGGAAGAGGAAACUUCAAAUGAAGAAGAGGAAACAGAGUCUAAUGGAAGUGAGGAAUCAACCACUCUAUCUGCUGUUACACCUGGUUAUGGAGAUGAAAAUACUACUGCAAGUGGGGAUGUGGGUUUAGCAGCAAUUCAAAUUCCCAAGAAGAGAAAAGUGAUUGAAGAAGAAGAGGAGGAGGAAGAGGAGGAAGAGAAUGAAGAGAGUGAAGCCGAAGUAGAUGAAAAUAGUGGAGGCAAUAGCACCAACCAUGAAAAUGCUGAAGGAGAACAUGGAAACGGGGGAGAGAGAGGAGAAGAGGAAGAGGAAGUAGAAACUGGCACUGAAGCCACAGAAAAUGAGCGAAAAAAGUGCCAGCAACGCACUGAAGUGACAACCCCCUCUAAUGGUGGCUAUGAGUCUACUAACCCUUGCAAAAGGGGACUAUGAACGUUACGUCCUCUUCCAUAUGAGGAAAGUACCAGCAAUCUAUAUGAUGGUGGAUAUGAAGAGCCAGUCACUAACGAAUAUGAUAAUGGGUAUGAAGUCUAUGAAAAUGAGAACGUGGAGCCCCGUGGUGACAAUAACAGCACAUACGAGGACGAAUACAGCUACUACAAAGGGCAUUCGUACAACGGGUAUGGGGGCCAAGAUUACUACAGUAAAGACAGAAAGCGGGAUGAAGUCAUUCCUACUAAUGGUCUGCAUGGUCAUUGUUUUUUACAAGUUGACUCAGGAAGAUGAAUAUGAGAAAUCCAUAGUAUAUUAUCGAGUGGUGCCACUGCUUUAAAACUUUCUUGCCAGUAGGUCAACUUUUCAAAUUAGCCAAAUUCCUAGUAUUUAUCUGGGGGGUUCUAAUGAAAGCCCUUGUAAUCAUUAGCACUUCUUAACUAGCAGGAGUGAUCUUUGGGAAUGAAAACAAUCCUGGAGAUGUUUUUGGGGGCUGCUGCACCAUAGCCCAUUUAAAAAAAUGCCACAAAUGUUUUAAUGGGUAGCAUUAUUAUGAAAUUAUAAAUGUGGUGUUGUUUCAGAAUAUGCCGUCUCAUAAUGCUGUGGACACUAUACAACAGAUAUAUAGACUUUUGUAACACUGCCUAUCAAACACUGUUCAAGUGGAAUUAAUUGCAACAGUCUUAUUGUACACCUUUGUUUAUAUUCUAUUGUUUCUAUUAAAGUCAAAUGCAAUUCAUAAAGCAUGUUGGAAUUUAAAAGAAAUUGGUUAACUUUUAAUAAUUAAAUCCUUACUG